ACAGCCGACAUAGCAGAUCGGUGGGAAACUUAUAAUAAAUAGCUUAAUAGAACCCACGUUAGAGGACCAUGGAGGAAGAUUCUUCACCAAAUAUCAACGUGAACACGGGAGACAACAAUGAGUUGCCAGCUAACACCUCGGUUGAUAAGUUAGCAGCGCGUCGUGAAGCAAGGCGCAGGAAAAUAUUAGAAAAUUCCAGUAACAGGCUUUCAAAAAUUGUUGGCCAUGAAAUGCCGGCCGUACCAAAAGCCGAUACAGAUGAAACUGCGACGAAUACAGAUAGCUUAAGUAGCGAUACAUUACCUGCAGACAAUGAGACCACACCAGAUCCCUCUUAUAUAGUAUAUCCCGAUCCACAAGAUGAGCGUAUGGAAUAUGUUAAUACACAUGUUGAGGCGCUCCUGGCUAAUUCUGGAUUCACAGACGACUCUUUCAUGAAUGCUAUGAACGGCGGAAAUGUUGCUAGUGGUGGUCAAAAUAGUGAUGUUUUCCAGCUACUCAACACACUUAAUCAAGUGCAAUCGAACGGUGGCAUGUUUGCCAGUAAUAGAAACGUGGGCUCAUCCCAAACUAGCCAGCCCACGAGCCGUAGUAAUUCGCGAUUCGCCCGGCUUUUACGUAGCAAGAUUCAUCUCGUGAUAGCAUCAGUCGUCACCUAUCUGCUUUUUGCUACCGGUAACGAAUCGUACGUUGGUGGCAACGUGUUCCUACCCCUGCUAGCGUGGGAGAUGCUCGAAUUGCUAACUAUAGGCGCAUCGGAGCCUGCUGGCGCGCAACAAUUACUUGGAAUGGUGUUCCUGCUCGGUGGCAUCCCAAUGAAAACGUCGCAAACUAUCAUGAAGCUGAUUAGCACAGUCAACAAGGUGUUGAAGGAUGUGGCCUUUUUUAUGUUUUUCUUUGUCGUCACUCACCUUCUGUGGAGUCGUCUGUGGCUCGGUAUUGAACUACGGUACGUGCUUGGUUACGAUCAGCUCGAUCCUACCGUAGAUACUGCAACUGUCGUUUUAACGCAGUGA